GACAUCAUGUAAGCUUGAUUGAGGCAUAUGCAACCAAUAUCGCCCUUACUCUCCUGUGUACAAGUUUCCGGCCUCCCCUCCCUUCUCGUGCUGUUCCUCCCAAGAGUUUGUGAGUGUGACGUCCGUACAUCCCGGGAAAGAUGAUUGCGCGCCGCCUGCUCCGAUCCAAUACCUCCGCCCAGGCAAGCAACUUAGUGAAGUAUGUAACUAGCACUGGAAGUUUGCAAGGCCAUGCAGAUAGUUUGCCAGCUGCAUCAGUCAGACAUUUUAGUUCAGCACCAUCUCGUCAAUCUGACUCAACUGAAGAAAAUGGGUUUAAGGGGCAUGGCAUGUUGGCACCAUUCACAGCUGGCUGGCAGAGCAAUGAUUUGCAUCCGCUGAUAAUCGAGAGAUCUGAGGGUUCUUAUGUUUAUGAUAUCAACGGAAAUAAGUACCUAGAUUCUCUUGCAGGACUAUGGUGUACAGCUUUAGGUGGUAGCGAGCCUCGACUAGUCCAAGCUGCAACUGAGCAAUUAAACAAGUUACCUUUCUACCACUCCUUUUGGAACCGUACAACCAAACCUUCAUUGGAUCUUGCAAAGGAGGUUCUUAGCAUGUUCACUUCAAGAGAAAUGGGAAAAGUGUUCUUCACAAAUAGUGGUUCAGAAGCAAAUGACUCUCAGGUCAAACUAGUAUGGUAUUAUAACAAUGCAUUGGGGAGGCCAAACAAGAAGAAAUUUAUUGCACGGUCAAAAGCAUACCACGGAUCAACAUUGAUAUCAGCGAGCCUAACUGGUCUUCCUGCCCUGCACCAGAAGUUUGAUCUACCAGCACCUUUUGUUCUGCACACAGACUGCCCUCACUACUGGCGAUUCCAUCUUCCUGGUGAGACAGAAGAAGUAUUUGCAACUAGACUUGCCAACAAUUUAGAGAAUCUUAUUCUCAAAGAAGGACCAGAAACAAUUGCUGCUUUCAUUGCUGAGCCUGUGAUGGGUGCUGGUGGUGUCAUCCCUCCUCCAAAGACCUAUUUUGAUAAGGUUCAAGCAGUAGUAAAGAAGUAUGACAUCCUUUUCAUAGCAGAUGAGGUCAUUACUGCAUUUGGAAGGUUGGGAACUAUGUUUGGAUGUGAUAUGUUUAACAUCAAGCCGGAUCUAGUUUCAUUGGCCAAGGCUCUUUCAAAUGCCUAUCUACCCAUUGGAGCAACUCUUGUUAGCCCUGAAAUAUCAGAUGUGAUUCAUUCCCAGAGCAAUAAGCUUGGUUCAUUUGCUCAUGGAUUCACGUAUUCCGGUCAUCCAGUUGCCUGUGCUGUGGCCAUCGAAGCUCUGAAAAUUUAUCGGGAAAGGGAUAUUCCUUGUCAUGUCAGGCAAAUUGCUCCGAAGUUCCAGGACGGAAUUAGGGCGUUUGCAGAAAGUCCAAUUAUUGGGGAGAUACGUGGGUUAGGGAUGAUACUUGGAACUGAAUUCACUGCCAACAAAUCACCAAAUGAUACAUUCCCUGUUGAAUGGGGCGUUGGUGCAAUCUUUGGAGAGGAGUGCCAGAAGCGAGGCAUGCUGGUUAGGGUUGCUGGCGAUGCCAUCAUGAUGUCACCGACACUGAUCAUGACACCUGGUGAAGUCGAUGAACUAGUGAGCAUAUAUGGAGAAGCCCUGAAGGCCACAGAGGAGAGGGUGGCAGAGCUGAAAUCCAAGAAGAACUAGCCAACAUAUACCAUCUCUCGUGCAAUGACGAUGAUGACAAAUUGACAAUGUCGGUGGCAAUGAUCUCGGCUGGUGCACAGAAGAAUAAUUCAUCGCUGUCAGAUGGCGGCAAUAACGCACUGGAACAAGCAGUGUUCUUGAUGUGCAAAAUAGCAGCUAUUCUUUCACCAAGCAAUGGUGUCCGAUAGCUAUAAUAAUACACCAUAUAUGGUAAUUUCUUGCCCGUUGAGCACAAUCUCUUAAGUUUGCGACGAUGUAACUUUUGCAAAAAAUAAUGUUGGAAGACACAGCUGGGCACUUUCUGGAACAAAAUAAUUUCAUAUUUCCUUUCGAAGAAAAAAUAAUUUCAUAUAAUACAUGAAGGGAUUGCAAUUUUUGCCUGUGGAAA